GAGACUUUGUAUGUCAACAUUGACCUGGUUCCGGUUACUGUGCGGUUGCGAAAAGUUUGUCGUACUCGCGCACAUUUCUCCGUGAUGACGAAGUAGCCUAUUGAGGGAAUCCCAAGAGGAGUUUCAGGGUGGUUCACAUGUUUCUUGAAAGGGGUGGUCCGGUAAAAUAUAUACACCAGAUUUCUUUUCUGUAUUUAAACGGCUUACAUGUCAGUAACUCCUACAUUUUUGACAGCCUGGCAAUUCACUCAACGUGCUAAACCUUACUUGGUAAUAAUCCCACCUUUAGGAUGGAAAAACGACGGACCGAGAGAACACAAACAGACAGACCUAUAACGGGACUUGGGGCCCCAAAUACGGACAGAUCGCAUAUCAUCACACCACAACAUCGAUUGGCGCUGACUCCAGAAAGGUGUGAGAGUGUUGAAUUGGACAAUUCAAUCAGAGAGCGUGUCCAAUCAUACCUUCUCACACAGGAUGCACCUGUCCGCAACGACAUACAAUUCAAAGAAACACAGACUGGACUGUCUCUUGCUGCAACUGGGAAAAACGAGGAUUCACAUCUAGCAUUGUUAGAGAAGCAGAGACAAGAGCUACUAUAUAUAAACACCAAGUGGGCAGAGCAGUACCAGACCAUGACACAGUAUUACAAACAGAAGGUGAAAGACCAGGAGAUGUUACUAAUGUCCCAUGGCCAAGAAUUGGAGGACAGAAGUGAAGAGGAACAGCAAGAAAGAAAGAGAAACAUAGAUCUACCUCAGACCAAAGACAACACAAACUGUAUUCAGUUGCAAAACGAUGACAUCAGUGCUGACCUGCAGAGGGCAGAGCAAGAAACAGAGCGCCUGAGAGUGCAGAACACCACUCUGACCAGAAGAGGGCAGCAGCAACACGGGGAGAUCAGACGACUCAAUAAGGUCCUAAAGGAGGUGCUGCAGACCACUGGAACUUGCUGUGGGCCACAAGAAGAGGUCUGGAGGCAUCAGGCCCAGAUUUACAAAGAGGACUUUUUGAAGGAGAGGAGAGACAGGGAGCAGUUGAAGGGGAAGCACGGAGACUUGGAGGAGAAAUUCAGAAAGGUGCACACUGAGCUCAACGCCCUCAAGUCCAAGAUCAUAUGGACUCCAACUUUACCCCGUCCUCUGGCUGCCUCUGUCUGUCCCCACCAGGCACACCCCACCACACAGAACAGGGAUGCCCGUCUUCGUGCCCACAGUCCCUCUCCCCACACCCAACAAAACCUCCACCUUUAACCAAACAUGCCUCCUAGGACACUAAAUCAGUACCUGAAACAAACUUGAGUCCUGAAUUUUUUAUCAGCCACCAAACAAAAAAAUAAGUUGGUGACACUCAACAUGUCAGAGCUUCUGAUUGGUUGCUUGGUGUGUGGAGAGUUUCUGUGUGCAAGACUUCAUCCAGGAAGUGGGCUGUGUUGUGCCUUAGUCCUGACAGUCGGUUCUGGACCCAGGUUCAGAUGGCUCUCAGAGCAGUCAAGGGGAAGCCAGUCCACCAGCCCAGGCCCAUUAGGUGACCGGGCGGAAAACCAGGAAAUAUCCUGUGACGCUUUAACCACCUGGUAUGUGGCUACCUGUGGGAAACACCAGGAAAUAUCCGGUGAACCUGACACGGGGUUCCCUGUGAGUACAGAUGAGAAUGUACGAGGUCAUCUUUUACUAAUCAGUGCCAAGCCCGCCAAUUUUACCAUGGCAAUAGUAAUUAGCUUCUCACCCUCUGAUGGCUCCUUAAAACACUAUCUAUUUCAUCUCUGAAUCGAGGCAGUGUGAAUGGUUAUGGUGGGGUUUAAGGUGAGACGAUGGGAUUGAAGAUGCACCCUUGACCGUACUGUACUGGCGUCCAAGACCACAGGACCUGACUCCUUUGGACACAAAAUCACCAUCAAUGCUAUGUUAUUUAUAAAAUAAACUAAGCACAUUUUGUUGUAUUGACAUCAUCUAACACUUGUCUGUGUCGGCCAACUUAUUCUUUGAGCAUUAACCCUUUGAGCGGCACAUCUUCAACAGAGCCUGUGUCUCACAUCACAUCAGCACAGCCAGAAACAACAUCUGCAAGUCCAAUCCCACAGUUCACUCCUUUACACACAAACAGACCUACUCAGAUUACACCGUUUAUUCUUUUUACGGGUGCCAAAUGCGCACCUGAUCCUCCAGGGGCGGGACCAAGGGUUUACUGACUCACGUCCAAACACCAUAUGAGGAGACAGAGUUUUCUCCAUUCCACCAGUUGCAUGAGUAAACAGGAAGUGUGGGCUGGAGCGCUCCAACACACUCAGACACACACAACACUGGCCCUCAUCCACCUGGUGAACUGGACGUGUUAAUGACGUCCCUCUGGUUAGCCAUCCCUCUCAGUUUCUUCAGAUAAACCACAGCACAAUACCAGUUAUUGUCAUCUUCUUGUCACCCAGGUAGGUUUGGGUUUGCAUGGUCUUGGAGUAAUCUGAUAACCUAACCCAAAUUAGCUCUAAAGAAAAUAAUUCUGCUCAUAAAUGUCAAAAUAAAGACACAAGCCAGAAUACUUUGGUUUUGUAAGACGAGAUGAAAAAGUCUUCAUGGGUGUAAAUAAGUUCAUUACGAAGGCAUUUAUUAGAGUAAUUGUAGCAGCAAUGUGUUCCUGGUCAUUUAAACAACAUCCACUCUGUUCUUUUCAGGUCUUUGGUAGGAGAAGCUUGGUUGAGUCUAUAUAGCCUACUGUACAUUGCACAACAAAUCAGUCAGACACAUCAAACUCAUUGUUAGUGAUAGUCUUUUUGCAUCUGUUAAAGUGCAUAAUGUACACAUUAUAAAAAUGCCAAAAGCACUUACUAAGACUGAAAAAGGUCAGGCAAGACCCUAGGGUUACCAGGCAUGUUUCCUGCUGGUGUGGCUACAUUCUUAGUGGUUUAGUUGGAAAUGAUUUGCUGCUUAUAAUAAAUAUGAUAUAACUGUAGAUGGUAGCCUGUUUUGAAAUGUCUUACGAUAUAGCACAAAAAAACAUAAAAGUAAAAUAAGAAGGGUAUCACCUGCUUCUCUGUACCCAGUGCUCAUUGCUGUAGCAUACUGUAACAAUACGUCACAAACUGAUGAAAAACACAAGCAAUACAUUGGAAAAAUGGUUUCCCUUUUUUUUUUUUUUA